ACUUCUCCUCCCGUUCCACCCCUUGCUUCGGCUGGUUUGUCUCCGCAGCCAGCUUCCUAAUCUCUAACUGAGGUGAUUGGCGGGGCAAGGUGGGCCGUCUCAGUAGGAGACCCAGCUGGGAAAUUUGCUGCUGCAGCGCUCAACUGGCCAGUGAGAAAGUGGCACCUUCGUCGUCGGACGCCCAAAACUAACGGCAAAGUUAGCCCACCGGCAUGGAAGACACGGCAGGCGUCCCCGCCGAGAGCGCAACUAUGAGCUACGACGUGGUCGUGGUUGGGGGAGGCAUCUCAGGCAUGUCAGCAGCUAAAUUGUUGUUUGAAUCUGGACUUAGUGUGGUGGUUUUAGAAGCUCGUGACAGAGUUGGGGGAAGGACUUUCACCAUUAGAAACCAGCAAGUGAAGUAUGUCGAUGUUGGUGGAUCCUAUGUGGGACCUACACAGAAUCGGAUUUUGCGACUGGCUAAAGAACUUGGCAUAGAAACUUAUAAAGUGAAUGUACGUGAGGCUACCCUCCUACAUACAAAGGGAUAUUCCUAUUCUAUGUAUGAUAUCUUUCCUUCCACGUGGAACCCUUUCAUAUAUUUGGAUUACAUCUAUUUCUGGAGAACAAUAGAUAAACUUGGAAAAGAGAUUCCUGCUGAAACACCAUGGGAUGCACCUCAUGCAGAAGAGUUGGACAAAAUUUCAAUGAAACAGUUCAUUGACAAACAUUGCUGGACAAAAGCUGCCAGGGACUUCGUUACAAGCUUUGUCAACAUUAAUGUCACUUCGGAGACACACGAAGUCUCAGCUCUCUGGUUCCUGUGGUAUGUGAAACUAUGUGGGGGAACCACCAGGAUUUUUACUAUAACCAACGGAGGGCAGGAGAGAAAAUUUAUUGGAGGUUCUGGACAAAUUACAGAAAAGAUAAUGGAACUACUCAGAGAUAAAGUUAAACUCAAGAGUCCUGUAGUCUAUAUUGAUCAGUCAGGUGAUGACAUCAUUGUGGAAACACUGAACCACGAGAUAUAUAAGGGCAAGUAUGUAAUUAGUGCCAUUCCACCAAUAUUGACUGGAAAGAUUCAUUUCACUCCGGAACUGCCAACAAUAAGAAACCAAUUAAUCCAGCGCCUCCCAAUGGGUUCUGUCAUUAAAUGCAUGAUGUACUACAAAGAAGCCUUCUGGAGGAAAUUGGGUUUCUGUGGCUGCACAAUUAUUCUGGAUGAUGAUGCUCCCAUUUCAGUAACAUUAGAUGAUACUAAACCAGAUGGAUCCAUACCUGCUCUUAUGGGAUUUAUUCUUGCAAGAAAAGCCUUUAGACUAGCAAACAUUGGCAAAGAAGAGAGAAAGAGAAAAAUCUGUGAAUUGUACGCUAAAGUGCUAGGAUCAGAAGAAGCUUUACAUCCAGUGCAUUAUGAAGAAAAGAACUGGUGUACAGAACAAUAUUCUGGAGGCUGUUAUGCAGCAUAUUUUCCACCAGGCAUUAUGUCCCAAUAUGGAAGAGUAAUACGUGAACCAGCUGGUAGAAUCUACUUUGCUGGUACCGAGACAGCAACCCAAUGGUGUGGCUAUAUGGAAGGAGCUGUGCAGGCUGGAGAGAGAGCUGCUAGAGAGAUAUUGUACAGCAUGGGAAAAAUUUCAAAGAAUGAAAUUUGGGUAACAGAACCAGAAUCAAAGGAGGUUCCAGCACUUCCAAUUACCACUACAUUUUGGGAGAGAAAUUUGCCAUCUGUUCAUGGGCUGCUAUUCUUUCUUGGAUGGUCUACUUUCAUCACCUCAUUGGCUACAACGGGAUUCUUUGCCUACAAGAAGGGGCUUCUUUCCCGAUAAUGUAUCUGACCCAAAAUUUUCCAUUUAUUUCCUUCAUGCUAUGAAUGUUGUUGCUGAAAAAAGAAAGCCAUCUUUCAUGCCAUUUGGAACAAUUGGGUUAACACAUCCCAGCCAAUUUAAUUCAUCUUCCUUUAAAACACAAAGGGAGGCCUCUUUUCAUUCCCCAGUGACUUCCUGCUUAAAAGUUGGUGACUCCUCAUCAUAUCUUUCUGUGUAAUAUAUACUGUAAUGAGAAGAAAGCAGGCUUGUCAUAGUCAUUGGAAAACUUCCACUUGUCUUUAUGUUUUCAAAAUUUUAUGAACAAAGUGAUUGCUGAGCUUUACUCCAACUCCUUCCCAGUCUCUACCCUCUGGUUGUGUUGAACUGCAUUCUGUGCUUUUGGACUUUAAGGGAGAAAUGCAGCCAGCACAUCCUUCAGGCACUAGAGGUAAGGGUGGGGAAUGUGUAGGUACUCUGUAGCUUAUUAAACUAUCUUCAUAUUCUGUGAUGGGUCUGCUAAAUUUCAUGCGAUGCUGUUUAAAAAUGUAAAUGCUGCAAAAAGAA